AUGUCUCAGACCCUUACUCCCGAAGUGACAUGGGCCCAGCGUUCAUCCGACGAGGAGCCUGAGCGCAACUACCUCUACGUCAACAUCAAGACCCCCGAUGUUCCUAAGUCCGAUGCUACACUUAGCAUCACCGAGAAGAAUGUUACCUUCAAAGGCCCCUCCAAGAAGGGCGUAACAUACAGUGUCUCCCUGGACCUCUUUGCCGAGAUCGACCCCGAGAACAGCAAGGUCAACCACACCGACCGCGAGGUCGAGCUCGUUCUCCGCAAGAAGGAGCUCAAGAGUGAAUUCUGGCCCCGCCUUCUCGAGAGCAAGCAGAAGAUGCACUUCUUGAAGACCGACUUCGACAAGUGGGUGGAUGAGGAUGAGCAGGAUGAGGCCGGUGAGGAUGACUACGCGAACAACUUCGGCGGCUUUGGUGGUGAGGGCGGCGACCCCAACGCUGGUGCCGGUGGCCUCGGCAACAUCGACUUCUCCAAGCUUGGCGGUAUGCCCGGUAUGGGUGGCGGUGCCGGUGGCAUGCCCGACCUCAGCGCUCUGGCUGGUAUGGCUGGUGGCAUGCCCGGUGGCAUGCCUGGUGCUGAUGAUGAGGGUGAGGAGGACGAUGACCUUCCCGAGCUCGAGGAGGCUGAUGACACCAAGUCUUCCAAGAUCCAGGAAGUUUCUUAA